GCCCCACGUGGUGAUGGCGUUGCCACAAGUCUGGAAGCCACGCAUCUUUAAGACCUCAAACAGCUCCUUUUUGGAGGCUAAAGAUAUCUCCUACCUCCUCCAUCUUUCUGAGGCCACGCAUCUUUUAAGGUUGGGUCUCUGCAAAAGAAAUGGCGGCUGUGGUCAGAAGAAGAGAACAAAAAGGGCUUUUGUAUGGCACGUAGCCAAAGACGGAUGAUGGGAUUCUGGGCUAAAUGCAAUGUAAGGAGACAACCAAGCCAUUGGGGCUGUAAACCUAAUUCAACGGGCAGACUAAGAAGGGGAUAAAGAUAUCAUCAGUCAAGGGCUGCUGCUGAACGAUGGUGGGAGGGAGCAAUCCAUUUGAAUGCACAAACUGGAUUUCUAGUGAAAGGCUUAGCUGAUCAUUCAGUGAGAUCUCAUUCAUACUCUGCAAAGUCAAUGAUCUGAUAAAAUUCUUUUUUUAUCUAUCAGUCAGGCUAGACAAAUAUUUUUUUUUUUGAAAUUUACAUUGAUCCUCCCAAUCUAUAUUAAGUAAAUCAGAUGCCUCGCUAUCAAGCUAAUAUUUUUAAGUAUAUUUUUUUUUGUUUUUUGAAUAAGACAUUUGAAUCCUAAAUCCAAGAGAAAGUGAGUCUGGCUACAUAUUAUUAUGCUUCUUCUUCUUCUUUUUAUCUUUUCUUUUUCGAAAUGGACAAUUUUUUUUUAUAUAUUUUUAAUUUUGGUUGGCCUUUUUAUACUUUUAUGAUGUCAUAAUGCGUGAGAUCGACAUUAAUACAUACUCUUUCGAAUCUUGUUCUUUUAGUUUCCGAAGAAAUAAUGUUACGUGUAGGAACAAGAGACUCUUUUGCUGCUGUUGAAGUGAGUUAGAGAGAGAGAGAGAGAGAGAGAGGCAAAGAGAGAGUUCUAUAAACGUAAGGGAGAGGAAAAGAAAUAAAGAGAGAGAGAGAGAGAGAGAGGCAAAGAGAGAGUUCUAUAAACGUAAGGGAGAGGAAAAGAAAUAAAGAGAGAGAGAGAGAGAGAGGCAAAGAGAACUUUUUGAUGUUCUCAAUUAACCUCUUUUGAUGGUAUCUAUCAAAAAAAUUCAAAAGGUUUUCUGGUAUGGUUGGUAGAAGGUUAUAUAUUACGUGCCAUGAUGUUCUCACUCGGAGACCAUUCAUCUUCGUCGUCUGUUUCUUUUCUGACUCUGCACCGCCGCUUCAUCUUUCAAGCAUUUUCCGGCCGCGAUUCCAAGCCAUCCAAUCUACCCAUUGAACAAUCAACGACACUUUAGAAAAUUAACCCCAGUCAACACCCAUGCGCUUCACCUGUUUGUGUGUAUAUAAUCCCCUGGCACCGCCCCCUCGUUGCUGUUUGUGUUUUUGCCCAUGGCUUCUUCUUCCUCCUCCACUCUCUCCGUGCCCAACUAUCCGGCCACUUCGCUUAAAACUCGUCCAUGCGGCCCGCGCCAGGGCAUGUCCCUCCUCGCCCCGCAGGGCCCGCCUUUGGCCGCCCCGGUGCUCCACUCGCGCCCGGUAAGGACGCCCGAGGCCAUCGGCGGCCUCGCCAGCGUGUGGAGGAAGAUCCAUGGCGCCGACGACUGGAGCGGCCUCGUCGACCCACUCAGCCAGCUGCUGCGCGAGGCGAUCGUCCGCUACGGGGAGCUCGUCGCCGCGUGCUACAAGGCGUUCGACGUCGACCCCACCUCCCCCCGCCACCUCAACUGCAAGUACGGAAAGCGCCGCAUGCUGCGGGAGGUCGGGCUGGGCUCCUCCGGCUACGAGAUCACCAAGUACGUGUACGCGACGCCGGGCGUCGGAGUCCCCAUGCAGGCCGGCGUCCGCUGCGGCCGGUGGAUCGGCUACGUUGCCGUGUCUUCCGACGACGACGCGCGGCGGCUCGGCAGGCGCGACGUGCUCGUGAGCUUCCGCGGCACCGUAACCGCCACCGAGUGGAUCGCCAACCUCAUGAGCACGCUGACGCCGGCCAACCUCGACCCCCACGACCCCCGGCGCGACGUGAAGGUCGAGUCGGGCUUCCUCAGCCUCUACACCUCCGCCGACGCCACCUCCAGGUUCGGCCCCGGCAGCUGCCGAGAGCAGCUGCUCCACGAAGUCUCCCGCCUCAUCGACAAGCACAAGGGCGAGGAGAUGAGCAUCACAGUGGCCGGGCACAGCAUGGGGAGCGCCCUCGCGCUGCUCUUCGGGUACGACCUCGCCGAGCUCGGCCUCAACCGGCUCCGCCUCCUCCGGCGAGAGAUACCCAUCGCGGUGUACUCCUUCGGCGGGCCAAGGGUCGGCAACACCGGCUUCAAGAAGCGGAUCGAGGAGCUCGGGGUGAAGGUGCUGCGGGUGGUGAACGUCCGCGAUCCGGUCACCAAGCUGCCGGGGCUGCUUCUGAACGAGAACUGGAAGGCCUUCGGGGGUAGCUUCGAGCUGCCAUGGAGCUGCUCCUGCUACGCUCAUGUAGGAGUCGAGCUGGAGCUCGACUUCUUCGAGAUGCAGAACCCUGCGUGCGUCCAUGACCUGGAGACCUACAUAGGCUUGCUGAAGCGCCCCAAGGUGGUACAAGUCCACAAGGAGGGUAUGGAUCUGCUGGCCAAGGCAAGGAUGCUGCUGAGGAAGAAGACGAAUAAGAAACUUCCGGGAUGGCCAUGGCCAGAUGCAGCAAGGCAGGUGGGUAAUCUUGCACAGUCUCUGAGACUGAUCUGAGGAGAAGCUCACACAUCACUCAUCGUUUUUUCGCUUCCAUGGUGGGUUGGGAGUUAUCUGCAUUUUAUUCUUUGCAAUUGAUGAUUAUAAUUGUUUCAGUCUCUUUAUGUAUUCUUUAAGUUGUAAAUGAUGACAUUUAUAAUUCAUUUUUUAUGUA